AUUAUAGCAUAGCAGCAACAGUACCCCGUCCUCACCAGAAAUGGAGGAGAAUUCCAUGAUUUUUUGUCUUCCUCUGGUGCUAGCAAACUGCUGAUUUUAUGUUCACCAAAAUACAAACCCUUCCUUUUAGUGAGAAAACCAACAAGAACAAAAGUCCUGGAAAGAAACAGGGAGAUUGGAAAGGGCGGAAAAAGGACAGAAAGACAAUCUAACUUUGCAAAACUAUUUCUUUAAUCUUUUCAGUUUCGAUGUCAAAUAUCACAGGUGAUGAAGGGAGCUUCUCUUCAGGAAAUACUGGAGAAGAAGUCCAACAGCUCCAAGGAAAGCAGCAGCAGCAGGCACGAAACCACUUACAUGGCUCGGACUCGGUGGCUGCAACAAACAGCAAUGGGUCUACCUCCCAACAGCCGGUUAAGAAGAAAAGAAAUCUUCCAGGAACUCCAGGCAAAGUCAACCAGAAAUCUGAAUUAAAAUUACUAAUUAACUGGUCUAACUCUUAUGAAUCAGAUCCCACUGCUGAAGUCGUGGCUUUAUCACCAACGACACUUAUGGCAACAAACCGUUUUGUGUGUGAGAUAUGCAACAAAGGGUUCCAAAGGGACCAAAACCUGCAAUUGCAUAGGAGAGGCCAUAAUCUGCCAUGGAAGCUCAGGCAAAGAACUACCACUGAGGUGAGGAAAAAGGUCUACAUAUGCCCUGAGCCAACAUGUGUUCACCACAACCCGGCUCGUGCAUUAGGAGAUCUAACUGGCAUUAAGAAGCAUUUUAGCCGAAAACAUGGCGAGAAGAAAUGGAAAUGUGACAAGUGCUCGAAGAAAUAUGCAGUACAAUCUGAUUGGAAAGCUCAUCAAAAGACUUGUGGUACGAGGGAAUACAAAUGUGAUUGUGGAACCAUCUUUUCAAGAAGAGAUAGCUUCAUCACCCACAGAGCUUUCUGUGAUGCAUUAGCAGAAGAAAACAACAAAGUAAACCAAGGAGUAAUGGCCAACAUGGGGUCAAACUUGCAAAACCAAAUUCCAGAGCUCAUGUCUUCGAUGCCCUUAAGCGCCAACACCAGCACAUCUAUUGGAAUUCCAGACUUCAACUGCUUCGACCCUAAGAACCCUCUCAAAUCUCUCCCUCAAGAACUCGUUCCAAUUCCAUUCAAGUCCAUGAACAUGGCAGGAGGCAUGUUUUCGAGCAGCUCGGGCACUCUCUUUGGCAGUCCAAGAAGCAUUUCCUCAACUUCCAGCCUCCAACUCAGUUCCAAUGGCUCAUCCGGCUUACAUUAUCUUCAAGAUAACAAAAACGGAUGCCAAAUUUCGGCCACUGCUCACAUGUCAGCAACAGCCUUGUUGCAAAAAGCAGCACAAAUGGGUGCCACCGCUAGCAAUAAUAUUAACUCCCCCAUGAUGCAAAAGAGCUUUGCCAGCAGCAUGGCAGGUCCUGACCAGCUUUCUUCUAUAAGAUCAUCAACUUAUGGUGGAAUUCAGCAGCAUAACACCUCCUAUGAUGACCUCCCGCCACAGGCUUCGGAUCAAACUAGCAUGGCUGGAAUGAUCAAUGGCGUUGGAGGAUUUAAUAACCAGCCCUUGCAAAGAGGGCCACAAGAAAUGUCGCAGAUUUUUGACACAGCUGGUACAGGUAGCUCAGCAAUGAACGAUAUGGCAAUGUUUGCAAGUAUGUUCAUGAGUAACGACCAAAAUCCAGGGUUCAUAAAAAAUAUGGAACAGGAGGAUAGUGGCAAUUCUGGAUUGAUGCACGGAAGGAAUGCAUUAAUGGAGCGGAAUCCAACAGGACCUUCAAGGUUUGCUGGUACGCCUAUUGAAGGUGGUGACAUGAUGACUCGUGACUUCAUGGGGAUUGGAGGAGCAAGGCCAACAAAUUUUCAGGAUCAACAGCAGCAGCAGCACCAACCGAGAUUGGAAAUGGAAGCAAUGAGCCAGCAGCAAAGAAUGCAAAUGAUGAAUCCCUAUCAUCAACAACAACAGUCCUCACUUAGGGAACCAGCUAUGGAAAAACCUUCUUCUAUAUGGGAUGUUUGACACUUUUAGUAUAUUAGCUUCUUUCGGUAUCCAUCAUUUCAUGGAGCUAUUCGCCCAUGGCUAGUAGAAGCCGAUCUUAUUGCACUUUUGUGCGGUUAGGCGGUUUCGGCCACAAAACUUUGAGGAAUCAAGGAUAUAAAAUGCGCUUUGAAAGGCUCCACACCCA